AUGGAAGCUCACAGCGGCCUCAACAAGUACCUCCUCUAUGGCCUCCUCGUCGCCGGCUCAUGGCUCUUGCCAUGCCUCCUCCACCUCCAGUUCUUCCACAUUUCCCUCUUCCGUUACUCGUACCUUUCCUCUCACCGUCGUGCCGGCCCCGCCGCGCUCCCCGUCAAUCUGUUCUCUGCCCCGCCACCGGUCGGCGACGAUGACACUGCUAAGUCGUCGUGCGAAGGUCGGCGCGUGUACAUGCUGGAUCUACCCUCGCGGUUUAAUCUUCUCCGGGAGUGCGUCGACGGGUCGCCGGCGUUUGAGGACGAGACCAGCGCGUGCGUCAUCAUGUCCAAUGCCGGCCUCGGCCCGGUGCUUGCUCCCGCCGCCGGCAACGGCAACGACCGUGUCAUCCCUGACAAUGGAUGGUUCAACACGGACCAUCACGCCCUGGAGGUGAUCUUCCACCACCGCAUGAGGCGGUACGAGUGCCUCACCGACGACCCGGCGGCGGCGACGGCGGUGUACGUGCCGUACUACGCGGGUCUGGAGCUGAAUCACUACAGCUGCGACACCAACGCGUCGGUGCGCGACGCGCCGUCGGCGGAGUUCCUCCGGUGGCUAUCGUCGCGGCCGCGGUGGGCGGUGCUCGGCGGGCGCGACCACUUCAUGCUGGCGUCCAAGACCACGUGGAUGUUCCGGCGCGUGCCCAGCAACGACGACCCCAAAGGGUGCGGCAACGGCUUCCUCGAACGGGCCGAGUGCCUCAACAUGACGGUGCUCACCGUCGAGUCCAACAUCUGGAACCGCCGGGAUAUGGCCGUGCCUUACCCGACCUACUUCCACCCUUCGUCCGCCGCCGAGGUGGCCGCGUGGCAGGCUCGCGUUCGUGGGACGCGCCGGCCGUGGCUGUUCGCGUUCGCCGGAGCGCGGCGUCCGAACGGCACGCUGGUCCUCCGUGACCGCCUCAUUGACAAGUGCGUCUCCUCGCCGACCCGCUGCGGCAUGCUCGACUGCAGCCACGGCCACGCCUGCCGGUCCGCGGAGAAGCUCAUGUCCCUCUUCGCCUCCUCCCGUUUCUGCCUGCAGCCGCGUGGCGACUCCUUCAUGCGCCGGUCGUCCAUCGACGCCGUCGUGGCCGGCUGCAUCCCCAUUUUCUUCCACGAGGGGUCCACCUUCGAGAAGCAGUACCGAUGGCACGAGCCGGACAACAACGGCGGCGACGUCGAUGGCCCCCGCCGUUACUCGGUGUUCAUCGACGCGGACGACCUCGUGGGAGGGAAGGUGGACAUCGAGGAGGUGCUGAGCAGGUACAGUGACGAGGAGGUGGCAGCCAUGAGGGAGGAGCUGAUCAAGAUGAUCCCGAGGUUUGUGUACAAGGACCCCAGGGUGAGGUUUGAGGGGGACAUGAAGGACGGGUUCGACGUCGCCAUGGACGAGGUGAUGGCGAGGACGAGGAGGAUAAGAAAUGGUGAGGAUUUGGGAUGGGAUGUUGGUGACGAGGAAGAAAUUCCAACUACUGAUGCGACUGCUCGAACGAAAAAACUUGCGGAGGCCAACAAACUUGCCGACACGCUUGCUCAGAAAUUAGAGCAGAGUGAGGCUGCUCGCAAGAAGGCCGAAUCUGAUGCUGGCAAAGCUAGGGCAGAGGCUGAUAAGGCCAAGGCAGAAGCUGCUGGUGUCGAAGAUCUCGAGAAGAGACUUCAUGAUGCCGAAACUUCCUUGGUCGAUCAUAAAACCGCGCAGGCUGCUCGUGAAAAAGCGAUCCUCAAGCGCUUGAACUCGCAGAAUCGGCGAUUUGUCAGUAAGUUUUUUGAUCUAUUUUGUCUUCUUUAG